GAGUAUGUGAAUGGAUCAGACGGGUAUCAGAAAUGGCAGGAUACACAUUAACACAAACUGUGGUAGAAGAGCAGGGCCAGGGACAUUAAUCAAUCCAUUGCUGUCCAGAGCUUCACUACACGAGCAGCAGACCUGUGGAGCUCUCAUUACAAAUCUGGAGACUGGAGAACAGCAUUCAGAAUUGUUCUGGGUCUGUUUGCAUGGACAUUAAAAAUUUAUUUGUCGCUGUGAGGACAUACGUUUUGGGAUCUAUGCACUGGGUGUGAUCUGGACAGUGAAUGUGAGAAGAAACAUUUUCAGGAUCACAUUUAAGAUAGAGAGGAUUCAAAAUGGAAGAAGAGAUGAAAGUCAAAGAUCUCAGGAAAAGGGUGCCAUAUCACAUUCAGAGAGAUGUACUGGAUGAGCUCGGUGUUGACCAAGUUGCUGAGAAAUCGGAUUUUAAAAUUUCAGCAAAAGAAAAACUCAGAGAUGCUGUCAGGUGUACAGGCCCAAGGUUUAAGAGCUGUUUCCUAUCAUUUGUUCCUCUCCUGGCUUGGCUGCCACGAUACCCUUUUCGAGAAAACGCUAUUGGAGAUCUAAUAUCAGGAAUCAGUGUGGGAAUCAUGCACCUGCCGCAAGGUAUGGCAUAUGCUUUGCUGGCAGCAGUCCCUCCUGUUUUUGGUCUGUAUUCCUCCUUCUACCCCAUUCUCAUCUACUUCAUAUUUGGAACAUCUAAACACAUUUCUGUGGGUACAUAUGCAGUUAUGAGCGUUAUGAUUGGCAGCGUGACAGAGCGCUUGGCUCCAGACUCAGACUUUGUGAUACCAGGCAAUGAUACCAACAGCACCAUCUUGGACAUUGUCAGCCGUGAUGCAGAGAGGGUCAAGAUUGCGGCCACUGUGACUUUCUUAUCUGGCAUUUUCCAGUUGCUCCUCGGCUUGGUUCGGUUUGGUUUUGUGGUAACUUAUCUCUCAGAGCCAUUGGUGAGAGCUUAUACAACAGCGGCGGCCAUUCACGUUAUCAUCUCCCAGCUCAAAUAUUCCUUUGGCAUCAAUCCACAGCGGUAUAGUGGACCUUUGUCUCUUAUAUAUACAGUCAUAGAGGUUUGUGCAUUGCUUGGACAGACUAAUAUUGGUACUCUGGUAGUUAGCAUUGUAACCAUCAUAGGUCUGGUUGCUGCAAAGGAACUUAGUGCCUUGGCGGCGCGUAAAAUCCCUAUUCCGAUUCCUGUUGAGCUGAUCACUAUUGUUAUUGCUACUGUGGUGUCAUGGCAGAUGAAUUUGAAGACUAAAUAUGGUGUUGAAGUGGUUGGAAAAAUCCCAUCAGGUCUGCAGGCUCCUGUGGCACCCGCGGUCUCACUGUUGGGUUCAAUGGUCGGAGAUGCUUUUGCACUGGCUGUUGUUGGUUAUGGAAUUGCUAUCUCACUGGGUAGAAUUUUUGCCCUCAAAUAUGCCUACAAAGUCGACAGUAACCAGGAACUCAUAGCGUUGGGUCUGUCUAACUCCAUUGGAGGCUUAUUCAAUUGUUUUGCUAUCAGCUGCUCUAUGUCUCGCAGCAUGGUGCAGGUCAGCACAGGGGGAAAGUCACAGGUGGCUGGAGCGAUUUCUGCUCUGGUAAUUCUGGUGAUCCUGUUAAAGAUUGGUGAACUAUUUGAGGAGCUGCCAAAGGCUGUGCUGGCUGCUAUAAUCUAUGUAAACCUGCAAGGCAUGAUGAAGCAGUUUGGAGACAUCAGCUCUCUCUGGAGGACCAAUAAAGUGGAUAUGGUGGUGUGGGUGAUGACUUUGAUCUUGACACUGUUGUUUAAUCCUGAUAUGGGACUUGCUGCAUCUAUUGCCUUCUCCAUCCUCACUGUCGUCUUCAGAACUCAACUACCAAAAUACUCUAUUCUUGGCCAGGUUCCUGGCACUGACAUCUACAAACCAAUAGAGGACUACAAUCAGGUGAAGGAGAUUCCUGGUAUAGUGAUUUUCCAUUCAUCUGCAACAUUGUACUUUGCCAAUGCUGAAAUGUAUAUUGAUGCACUCUAUGAAAAGACCGGGGUAGAUGUGGCUAAACUUCUCUCACACAAGAAAAAACUGGAAGCGAAGAGACUCAGAAAAGAAAAGAAAGCUGCAAAGAAAGCUAAGAAAGAGGCCAAGAAAAGAGCUAAAGAAGCUGUUAAAGCUGCUAAGGGGGAGGAACCACAAUUUUCAGACACAGAUGACAGUGGGGAAGAAGCAGAGGCAAACGGAGAUGUGCAUAAAUUGUCAGUCAAAGAACCAAAGGAUGUGGCUGCUGUGGAAGCGGGGCCUGACCCUGACACUGACACCACGCUGCCAAGGGCAAUUAUUCUUGACCUGAGCCCUGUCAACUUCCUGGAUACAGUUGGCGUGAAGACUUUACGCAAUAUCUAUAAGGAUUAUGGAGAGGCUGGUGUACAGGUGUACUUCUGUGGCUGCCAGAGAGGUGUUGUAGAGAGUAUGGAGAAAGGCGAUUUCUUUAACGAGAAAGUAACUAAAUCGAUUCUCUUCUCAUCUGUACAUGAUGCUGUUCUUUACUGUCAACAAGGAAACAGUGAGGAGGUUAUGCAGGGAACACAUUUGUAAAUCCAAACACCAAACAUGAUACGGAACACAGAGCUGGAUUGUUAUUUAUUGUGUAUUUCAUCAUGGGGAAGAAUAAAUUAAGGAGGUGAUUUGAUGAAUAAUUUCCUUUUUUUGUUUGUUUGUUUGAAUAAUAAACAGACACUCUUUUGAAUGUGAAAUAUCUUAAAAUUGAUCUGCCAUAUAAUGUUAUUGUGUAAGACAAGUCAACUGUAAAAAAAUUCACUUAGUUGUGAAA